ACUUAUGCGGAUAUGGCGGUGUUAAGGGUCUUAUGUAAGACGAAUGUUUUACCCUUUUACAGGCAAGCUUGCCCAAUAUCUGUGUUGAAAACUCGUUAUCAUACUUCAAAGUCCACGAGCGCUUCAUCAGCGUCGAUAUCGUCACAGACACAGAGCAUAAACGAAGAAUCUAGAUUGGACAGCGAUGGUCACCCCGUGGUUGAUUUGUCCUUCAGCAAUGGAAAGGAAGCGUAUCGCAGUAAGACUACGGCGGAGCUGAUCCGGGCUCUUUUCGUCUUCAACAUGUGCUCUAUACAGACAUUGGUUACUCAUAAUAACAAGUUACUGAAAUGGAGCCGCCGCAUCCUUGGGGGGACUCUGUUCCGUAAGAUGAUGAAGGCAACAUUUUAUGGACAUUUUGUAGCAGGAGAAGACCAGGUGGCCAUUAGACCAUUGGUUAGCAGGAACAAGCAGUUUGGAGUGAAGUCAAUCUUGGACUACAGUGUUGAAGAGGACCUGUCUACAGAACAGGCAGAGGAGGCAGAGAUGAAGAGCUGUGUGUCAGACCACAUACCUGAUGACCAAACAUCUCUAGGUACAGAACACAUGUACAGUGACAUAGAUCCGGACAAACAAAAAUUUUUGGCACACAAAAAGUUUGGGGAUCGUCGUAACAAGGUUAUCUCAGCAAGGACAUAUUUCUAUGAGGAUGAAGCAAACUGUGACACAAACACGGAGACCUUCCUAAAGUGUAUAGACGCUGUGGCAGGAGCCACUGAGGUGAACACUGGGUUUGUUGCUAUCAAGAUGACGGCUCUAGGAAGACCACAAUUUCUGCUGCAGAUGUCAGAUGUGUUGGUGUCCACACGAGCAUUCUUUGAGAAGUUUGCAGGUAACAAAGGUGACAUACUGUUGAGAAAGUUCCGUGAGGAAGACUUUAAAAAGCAGCUGGAAGCCAUGGGAGUACAAAUCACACGGAAUGACAGAAAACGCUGGUUUUCUGUUCUAGAUAUCUCUCAAGAUGGAGAAGUGGACUUGUUGGACUGGGACAACUUGUUGGAAGUCAAUAUGAGCUUAUCCAAGGUGUUUGUGGUGCCAAAUGAGGAGACAGGGAAACUGGAGCCUUUAGUGACAUCACUGUCAACAGAGGAAGAAAAACAGAUGAAGAACAUGUUAGGACGCCUCAACACCAUUGCCAAGUAUGCCACACAGAAGGGUGUCAGGGUGAUGGUUGAUGCUGAACAGACAUAUUUCCAGCCUGCCAUCAGUCGUCUGUGUAUGGAAAUGAUGAGGAGGUUUAACAGAGAACAGGCUGUGAUUUUUAACACCUACCAGUGUUACUUAAAGAGUGCUUACAACAAUGCCUGUUUAGACAUGGAUCUGGCACGAAGAGAAGACUUCCACUUUGGAGCCAAACUGGUCCGUGGUGCAUACAUGGAACAGGAGAGAGAGCGAGCAGCAGAUAUUGGCUACGAGGAUCCCAUCAAUCCUACCUAUGAAGCUACCUCAGAUAUGUACCACCAAACUCUAGAGGAGGUGAUGAGGCAGAUAAAUCGGAGAGAUCGCGGAAAGAUUGCAGUAAUGGUCGCCAGUCACAAUGAGAAUACAGUCAGAUACACUGUAGAAAAGAUGAAGGAGUUUAAAAUUCGACCAGCUGACCGUCUGAUCUGUUUUGGUCAGCUGCUGGGCAUGUGUGACCAAGUUAGUUUCCCGUUAGGCCAGGCGGGAUACUCUGUGUACAAGUAUGUGCCAUAUGGACCUGUGGAGGAGGUACUCCCUUACCUUUCUCGCCGGGCCAUGGAGAACCGUGGCAUCCUUAAAAAGGUGAAAAAGGAGAAGAAUCUGCUGUGGUGUGAAUUGAAGAGGAGACUAUCGUCAGGCCAGAUUAUAUACAACCCAGCAAAGCACGUCCCCUCACCAUAGCACGUCCCCUCACCAUAGCACGAGCCAUAUUUUCAUUGAUAAUUAUUUUACUGAUGGUGAAUGAGAAAGUCGUAAAGAUAUAUACAGUUAUAAUAACUUCACCGCUUUCAAAAAACUGCAAAAGUAGUUAAAUGAUAUUUUGCAUAGUUUUCUCUAGUAAGAAUCAUAUAAUCUAGACUAUAGUAGAACUAAAUAGGUUAUUUCACUAGUAUUUUCAUCACUAAGGGAUGAAUUAGGGACUACCUGAUCUGCUUUUCCUGAUAAGAGUAUAUAUUCAAUGUAGUUAGUUUUGAUUUAUCUUAACAAUAUCGAUGAUUACCAAGGUUUUCGAUUCCCAUGCUAAAUUUAAUUCCAACCUACUUAUACUUUGUUUCUGCUGGUUCAAAGCCAAUGCUAACAGCUUUUACCGCCAGAAACAUGCAAGGAAUGUUUUAGGAUAAUAUCUGUUUAAGUAAAUUUAAGUUUAAGUAUAACUUUAAACUCAAGUUACAACUGAUUUUAGUAUACACCAAUCCUAACUUGAACUCCGGUAAAAACCAUUUGUCAGGUGUGAUAGUUACAAUAGUCAUGUUUCUGUAUUAUUGUUGUAGGCCCAUAGUUGCACAAAAGUGACUUAUUGAAGAAACGAUAUUUGUGCAUAUUAUAAUUGUUGUAGGCCCAUAGACACAAGUAUAACUUAGUAACAAUAAGAUAUGUGUGAAGGUUUUAGUUUACCUGGCACAAUUCAUGCAAGUUGCUUGUGACUUUGGUUUUGCUAUGUGUAAAAUGAGAUCAUUUUGAAAUGUCGCAACUUAUCUGCCAAAAAUUAUUAUAUGUUUAUAUAGCAAUAAAAUUUGUUGAAAUGAAAUAUGUAUGACUAGGGUGAAACUAGGAUUAGCCAGUGCUGAAAAUGAUAUGUAAAAUAUAAACUGUCACCAUCUUUUGUGUAGGAUAUACCAUUAAAACAACGUUAUCUUUUAUUUAUUUAUUUUUUUUUUUUUUGCGUUGAUAGGAAUGGUGAAAUUAUUUUUAUGUUUU